CGUAUUCAAGUUAGUUCUACGAUGGCAAGAACCAAGCAGACAGCUCGUAAGUCCACCGGCGGCAAAGCCCCCAGGAAGCAGUUGGCCACCAAGGCCGCCCGCAAGAGCGCCCCGGCCACCGGCGGCGUCAAGAAGCCUCACCGCUACAGGCCCGGCACGGUGGCUCUUCGCGAGAUCCGCCGCUACCAGAAGUCCACCGAGCUGCUCAUCCGCAAGCUGCCCUUCCAGCGUCUGGUGAGGGAGAUCGCGCAGGACUUCAAGACCGAUCUGCGCUUCCAGAGCUCGGCCAUCAUGGCUCUGCAGGAGUCCAGCGAGGCUUACCUGGUCGGCCUGUUCGAGGACACCAACCUGUGCGCCAUCCACGCCAAGCGGGUCACCAUCAUGCCUAAAGACAUCCAGCUGGCUCGGCGCAUCCGAGGCGAGAGAGCUUAGACUUUUAUGCUUCACGACCACAAAGGCUCUUUUAAGAGCCACACUUCCCACUGAAGAUUGAAGCCUUAAUUGUACAUCUUUAUUAUACCUGCACUGCUUAACCGCUCAGUAAUGCAAUACUGUACAUACUAAUAUCGAUC